GCAGGAACCGGAAGCACCUGAACUGGGGGGGGGUGGAGGAGGAGCAGGAGGCGGGGCCUAAAAGUCAAAAAAGCGCGGUGAAAGCUGGGCCUCUGAGCGGACCUGAGGUGGUGGGUGACUCUCCAGCCGCGGCCGCGGCCCUUUCCGAUGGACUCCACCGCCUGCCUCAAGUCUUUGCUUCUGACUAUCAGUCAGUACAAAGCCGUUAAAUCAGAGGCCAAUGCCACGCAGCUUCUGCGACAUUUGGAGGUAAUUUCUGGACAAAAGCUCACACGACUGUUUACAUCAAAUCAGAUUUUACCAAGUGAAUGCUUGAGUUGCCUUGUAGAGCUACUUGAAGAUCCAAAUAUAAGUGCUUCACUCAUCUUAAGUAUUAUCAGUUUGCUGUCUCAACUAGCUGUAGACAAUGAAACGAGAGACUGCCUUCAGAAUACAUACAAUCUGAAUAUUGUACUAGCAGGAGUAGUUUGUCGGAGCAGCACUUGCCACAGUGAUUCAGUAUUUUUGCAGUGCAUUCAACUCUUGCAGAGGUUGACUUAUAAUGUCAAAAUUUUCCAUUCUGGUUCCAAUAUAGAUGACUUAAUUACAUUCCUGAUAGAUCAUAUUCAAUCCUCUGAAGAUGAAUUAACAAUGCCUUGUCUGGGAUUACUGGCAAAUCUUUGUCGGCAUAAUCUUUCUGUUCAAACACACAUAAAGACUUUGAACAAUGUGAAAUCCUUUUAUCGAACUCUUAUUACAUUUCUAGCUCAUAGUAGCUUAACUGUGGUUGUGUUUGCACUUUCAAUAUUGUCCAGUUUGACACUAAAUGAAGAGGUAGGAGAAAAGCUCUUCCAUGCUCGAAACAUUCAUCAAACUUUUCAGUUAAUAUUUAAUAUUCUCAUAAAUGGUGAUGGUACCCUAACACGAAAGUAUUCAGUUGACCUAUUAAUGGAUCUCCUUAAGAAUCCUAAAAUUGCCGAUUAUCUUACCAGAUAUGAACACUUUUCAUCAUGUCUUAAUCAAGUAUUAGGUCUUCUUAAUGGAAAAGAUCCUGAUUCUUCUUCAAAGGUUUUAGAGUUACUUCUUGCCUUCUGUUCAGUAACUCAGCUGCGUCAUGUUCUAAGUCAGAUUAUGUUUGAACAAUCUUCCUCUGGCAACAGCAUUGUGGGAAGCCGUUCUAAGUCCUUAGAACCUACUGUGGCUCUUCUUCGUUGGUUAAGCCAACCCUUGGAUGGGUCAGAAAACUGUUCUGUCUUAACACUGGAGUUGUUCAAGGAACUAUUUGAGGAUGUUAUAGAUACUGCUAACUGUUCUUUGGCUGACCAUUUUGUGACCCUACUGCUACCUGCAGUCCUGGAUCAGCUUCAGUUCACAGAACAAAGUCUGGAUGAGGCCUUAAUAAGAAAAAAAUGUGAACGGAUGAUCAAGGCUAUUGAAGUUUUAUUAACUCUAUGUGGAGAUGAUACUCUGAAAAUGCGUAUUGCAGAAACUCUGACUGCUAUAAAGUGUACCACUCUGAUAGAACAACAAUUUACAUACGGCAAGAUUGACCUGGGAUUUGGAACCAAAGUAGCAGAUUCUGAAUUAUGCAAACUUGCUGCUGAUGUAAUUUUGAAAACUCUUGUUUUGAUGAACAAACUUAAACAGUUGGUUCCUGGUAUGGAAGUAAGCUUCUACAAAAUCCUUCAAGAUCCACGUUUGAUUACUCCGCUGGCUUUUGCUUUGACAUCAGAUAACAGAGAACAAGUACAGUCUGGAUUGGGAAUAUUAUUGGAAGCAGCUCCACUUCCAGAUUUUCCUACUUUAGUGCUUGGAGAAAGUAUAGCAGCAAACAAUGCAUAUAGACAACAAGAAACAGAGCACAUGCCCAGGAGAAUGCCUUUGCAAUCAGUAAAUCACAGUUUUGCAGGGUCGUUAAAGUGUAUAACACCUCCCCUUUUGAAAGAUGUUUCUGGAGUUAAUAUUGAGGAACUGAUAGAGAAACUUCAGUCUGGAGUGAUGGUAAGGGAUCAGAUUAAAGAUAUGAGAAUAUGUGAUAUAAUGGAUGUAUAUGAGAUGAAGCUAUCCACAUUAGCUUCCAAAGAAAGCAGAUUGCAAGAUCUCUUGGAAGCAAAAGCUUUGGCUCUUGCACAGGCUGAUAGACUGAUUGCUCAGUAUCGAUGUCAAAGAACUCAAGCUGAGACAGAGGCACGAACACUUGCUGGUAUGCUUAGAGAUGUUGAGAGAAAAAAUGAAGAACUUAGUGUAUUACUGAAAUCACAACAGCUUGAAUCAGAAAGAGCACAGAGUGAUAUUGAACAUCUCUUUCAACAUAAUAGAAAAUUAGAGUCCGUGGCUGAAGAACAUGAAAUACUGACAAAAUCAUACAUGGAACUUCUUCAGAGAAAUGAAACUGCUGAGAAGAAAAAGGAAGACUUAGAGAUUACCUGUGAUUCUCUGAAUAAACAAAUUGAGACAGUGAAGAAGUUGAAUGAAUCACUCAAGCAACAAAAUGAAAAAACUAUUGCUCAGUUGAUAGAGAAAGAAGAACAGAGAAAAGAAGUCCAGAAUCAAUUAGUAGACAGAGAAUGUAAAUUAACAAAUUUGUAUCAAAAAGCAAAAGUACAAGAAGAAAAUAUUAAAGUCUUAGAAAAAGAAAAUAAUGAUAAGAAUGAAGCCAUUGACAUUCUUAGAAAAGAGUUAAGCAGAACGGAACAGAUAAAAAAAGAGUUGAGCAUUAAGGCUUCCUCCCUAGAGGUACAGAAAGCCCAAUUAGAAGGUCGUUUGGAAGAGAAAGAAUCUUUGAUGAAAGCCCAGCAAGAAGAGUUGAACAAACAUUCUCACAUGAUAGCGAUGAUCCACAGUUUAAGUGGUGGAAAAAUAAGUCCAGAAACUGUGAAUCUGAGUAUAUAGACAUUAUGGCACUUUGGAAUUUGUAAUGUAAUAAAAUUUUUGUAAUAUUUAAAUAAUAAUAAUUUAUGUGGUGGAGAAGAUAGUAAAGGGAGGUGAUUUUGUGGCUCCAAAAUAGUCGGAAUUAUUAUCUAAUUUAGUAAAGAUCCUAAUUUGGUGUA